AUAUUUGGUGGAGAUAUUAAUGGGAAAAUCAGAAUAUUAAGAUGUAAGCAUUAGAGAAUAAAUGUUGACUAGGGGUGGUGGCUCAUACAAUGGAGGAGGACAAAGUCUAAAGAUUGGGAAAUGGAUUGAGUUAAGUGACUUUUUUGAUGACCUGACCUAAGUUACCUAUGAGGGUAAUUAUCAUAACGGGAAAAAAAUAAAUAAAUGGAAUAUCAAUUUUAGAUAGAGUUUGAAAAAGCCAUUUGAAUAGAUGUAAUCUAAAUUUAAAUUGCUCAAUUUUAGUGGAGGUGGAUAAUAUGAUGAACAAGGGAAUGAGAACAAAAUUGGGAAUUGGAUUGAACUACAUGAUGGAUUUGAUAAUUUGACUUAGGUUACUUAUGAAGGCGAAUAUAAUAAUGGAAAAAAAGUUAACAGGUGGAAUAUUUAUUAUGAGAAAAAUUAAAUGUAACAAUAAUAAAGUUUAAGCAUGCUAGUGGCGGUGGAUCUUAUGCAUAGGACGGUAAUAAGGUUGGAAUGUGGAAUGAGGUGAGCGAUGAUUUUAGACAUUCCUCUUAAAUCUUCCUUAAUGGUGAAUAUAAAAAUGGGAAAAAGAUUGGUAUCUGGAAUAUAUAUUAUCAGGAUAGUGAUGCAAAUGAAAAACAGAAGAUGUAAAAUUUUUAAAUAUUCUCUAGUGGUGGUGGGCAAUAUGAUGAAGAGGGUAAUGAAAAUAAGAUUGGUAAGUGGUUUGAAUUAAGUGAGGGAUUUAAUCGAUAUUCGUAAAUUAUUUAUAAUGGAGAAUAUAAAAAUAAUAAAAAAGUCAAUAAAUGGGAAAUUUAAAUGAGGGACAAAAUGAAUGAAAAUUUUGAAAAAAUGUAAGAUAUGAUACUUAAUAUUUGUUAGAGGUGAGGGAUCAUAUGAUGAAGGUGGAACAGGUUUUAAAAUUGGGGAAUGGAAAGAGUUUAGCGAUUUUCCUUGGAAGAAUAAAUAACUAAUUUCUAGUGGUUUAUACUAAAAUAAUAGAAAAGUUGGAAUAUGGAUAGAAACAGAUUUAAAAAAUAAAGAACACCAUAGAGAUAUAAAUUAUGAUAAUUGA